AUGAAUAAAUAAAAAAAAUAUCCAACUCCCCGGCGGCCAAAUCACGGACCCUCCGCCCUCCUCCCAGUCCGGCGCAUCGUAAUCCCACUCCCAAACAGAACGUGAAGAGGAUCCAAUUGCGUCGCUAUUGGCUUACGUGGCCCUCUCAAAUCGUUCCACGUGUUUAAUUAAGUGAUAAAACGCCGCGCAAUUACGUUACUUCUCCGACUUUCAACGAUCCAGUUUUGAAGCCCGCGCAGGACGGGAAGCUCAGUUCAUAGCUCAUUACAUACCCAGAAUCCGAUUGAUUAAUAUCAAUAUUUUCUUAGCUCGAUAUUGAGAGGAAGUGCAUCAGCGAAUAUGAGUAAUUCCAUUAGUCAGAAUAUACUCCACCAAAGAUUGCUUCGUCCUUCAGUUUUUGAUAACCAAUGUAAAUUCAAUCCUUCCGGGACCCAUAAGAGUACUUUGUUUCAAGCUGCAUUAGCCAAUCAAGUUCCAGCACAGCAUUGGAAAUCUCCUAUAUCAACAAAGUUCUUAGGGAACGGUCUAAACGUUAAAAAACCAAGGAUGGCCAUUGGAACAGGUCGAUGCAGCUUUCCUGUUAACCCACAUGCUGUAUUAGCCACGGAUCCCACUUCCGAGCUUGCUGGAAAGUUCAAACUGGAUGAGAAUAUUGAACUGCAGGUUGAUGUUAGUGCCCCUACUUCAGGUUCCAUUAGACGUGUAAAUAUCCUGGUCACAAACAUUGGUGGCUCUCUUCUUCUUCAUUGGGGUGCAAUACAUGAUAGAAAAGAGAAAUGGGCGCUUCCAUCACAUUGCCCAGAUGGAACUCAAGUAUAUAAGAACAGAGCUCUUAGAACUCCUUUUCUGAAAUCUGGUUCCAAUUCUACCCUAACAAUUGAGGUUGAUGACCCUGCAAUAGAAGCAAUAGAGUUUCUUUUACUUGAUGAAGCUCAUAAUAAAUGGUACAAGAACAAUGACAAAAACUUUCAUAUUACGUUACCCGUGAAAGAAAAGUUAAUUUCAGAUGUUUCAGUUCCCGAAGAACUUGUACAAAUUCAAGCAUAUUUGAGAUGGGAAAGAAAGGGAAGACAGAUGUAUACUCCACAACAGGAGCAGGAGGAGUAUGAAGCAGCCCGAGCUGAGUUAUUGCAGGAAUUAACCAGGGGUGCUACCCUACAAGAUCUCAGAGCUAGACUGACCAAAAAAAAUGAUGGCAGUGAAACAGUGGAGCUAUCCACUCCCAAAGACAAGACAAUUCCUGACGAACUUGUUCAAAUUCAAGCUUUUAUACGUUGGGAGAAAGCAGGGAAACCCAAUUACUCUGCUGAGCAGCAACUUAGGGAAUUUGAAGAAGCAAAGAAAGAGUUGCUAUCAGAACUAACUAAAGGUGCUACUAUUGAUGAGAUUCGGAAGAAGAUUACCAAAGGAGAAAUUAAAACUAAAGUAGCAAAGCAGUUGCAGGAUAAAAAAUACUUUAGGGUAGAUAAAAUUCAGCGCAAAAAGAGGGACUUGGUGCAACUUGUAAAUAGAUAUGCUUCUCAACCUAUAGAGGAAACAUAUACAGCCAAACCAAAAGCCUUGACAGAAGUUGAGAAAUUUGCAAAGAUAAAGGAGGAACAGGAUGGUGGUGAUGUUAUAAACAAAAUCAUCUACAAGCUUGGUGAUAAGGAUCUUCUGGUGCUUGUAACAAAAAAUGCUAGCAAGACAAAGAUUUAUUUGGCUACAGAUUUACAGGAGCCUGUUACUCUUCACUGGGGUUUGUCUAGAACAAAUGUGGGCGAGUGGCUGACUCCACCUCCUGAUGUACUUCCACGGGGUUCAAUACCAUUGAGCCAGGCAGCUGAAACACAAUUCAUAUUCAACGCUGAUGGUUCCACUCUAAAGGUCCAAUAUCUAGAAAUCUUAAUCGAAGAGGAAGGUUUUGUGGGAAUGCCAUUUGUUCUUCAGUCUUCUGGAAAUUGGAUCAAGAACAAAGGCUCGUCAGAUUUUUAUGUCGCCUUUGCCAUCCAACCAAAGAAAGUGCGAAAGGAUACCGAGGGUGGCAAAGGUACUGCAAAGUCAUUGUUGGAUAAUAUUGCAGAACUGGAGAGUGAAGCACAAAAGUCCUUCAUGCAUCGAUUUAACAUUGCAGCUGACUUGAUGGAUCAAGCUAAAGAUGCUGGUGAAUUGGGACUUGCAGGGAUCUUGGUGUGGAUGAGAUUUAUGGCAACAAGGCAGCUUAUAUGGAAUAAAAAUUAUAAUGUGAAACCACGUGAAAUCAGUAAAGCACAAGACAGACUCACAGAUUUGUUAGAGGGUAUUUAUGCAAGCCAUCCACAAUAUAGGGAGCUUUUACGAAUGAUUAUGUCUACAGUUGGAAGGGGUGGUGAAGGAGAUGUUGGACAGAGAAUUCGGGAUGAAAUUUUAGUCAUUCAGAGGAACAAUGAUUGCAAAGGAGGAAUGAUGGAAGAAUGGCAUCAGAAAUUGCACAAUAAUACUAGCCCUGAUGAUGUAGUUAUCUGUCAGGCAUUAAUCGAUUACAUUAAUAGUGACUUUGAUAUUGACGUUUACUGGAAAACUUUGAAUGAUAAUGGAAUCACAAAAGAACGACUUCUAAGCUAUGAUCGUGCAAUCCAUUCUGAGCCAAAUUUUAGGGGAGACCAGAAGGAUGGUCUUUUGCGGGAUCUAGGAAACUACAUGAGAACACUGAAGGCAGUUCAUUCAGGUGCAGAUCUAGAAUCUGCAAUUCAAAACUGCUUAGGCUACAGAUCUGAGGGUCAAGGCUUCAUGGUUGGGGUGCAGAUAAAUCCUAUUUCUGGUUUACCGUCUGGAUUACCGGAUUUGCUGCAAUUUGUUUUAGAACAUAUUGAAAUCAAGAAUGUUGAACCACUUCUUGAGGGCUUGCUUGAAGCUCGGCAAGAGCUAUGUCCUUUGCUUCUUAAACCUCGAGACCGUCUGAGGGAUCUCUUAUUUUUGGAUAUUGCCCUUGAUUCUGCUGUUAGGACUGCUGUUGAGAGGGGAUAUGAGGAACUAAAUACUGCAGGACCGGAGAAAAUUAUGUACUUCAUCACUCUCAUUCUGGAAAAUCUUGCACUGUCAUCAGAUGAUAAUGAGGAUCUCAUCUACAGCUUGAAGGGAUGGGAUCUUGCAUUGAACCUCACAAGAAGUAAAAACGAUCAUUGGGCAUUAUAUGCGAAGUCUGUGCUUGAUAGAACCCGCCUUGCACUUGCAAACAAGGCAGAGGCAUACCACCACAUCCUGCAGCCAUCUGCAGAGUACUUGGGGUCACUGCUUGGAGUAGAGCAAUGGGCUGUUGACAUAUUUACCGAAGAAAUCAUCCGUUCUGGAUCAGCUUCCUCUUUAUCCUCACUUCUAAAUAGACUGGAUCCUGUUUUGCGGACAACUGCUAACCUUGGGAGCUGGCAGAUUAUUAGCCCAGUUGAAGCUGUUGGUUAUGUAGUCGUCGUGGAUGAGUUGCUUGCUGUUCAGAACAAAUCAUAUGAGAAGCCAACAAUUCUAGUUGCUAACCGAGUAAAAGGUGAGGAAGAAAUUCCAGAUGGUACUGUUGCAGUGUUGACGCCUGAUAUGCCAGAUGUUCUAUCUCAUGUUUCUGUUCGAGCAAGAAAUGGAAAGGUUUGCUUCGCAACAUGCUUUGAUUCAAGUAUUCUAUCAGACCUUCAAGGUAAAGAAGGGAAGUUGGUGCGUCUAAAGCCUAAAUCUGCUGAUAUUGUAUAUAGCGAGGUGAAGGAGGAUGAGGUACCAGAUGCAAGUUCCAUCCAUGAGAAUGAUGGUGUUCCAUCAACGGUAACUCUUGUCAGAAAGCACUUUAGUGGUAAAUAUGCCAUUGUAUCUGAAGAGUUCACGAGUGAUCUGGUUGGAGCAAAAUCACGUAAUAUUUCUUAUCUGAAAGGAAAAGUACCAUCUUGGGUUGGAAUCCCUACUUCAGUUGCCCUUCCCUUUGGAGUUUUUGAGGAAGUUUUGUCUGAUGAAUCAAAUAAGGCAGUGGCGGAAAAGGUUCAUGAUUUGAAGAUUAAGUUAGGAGCAGGGGAGUUCAGUGCUCUGAAGGAGAUUCGCAAGACAGUUCUACAGCUGGCAGCACCCCCUCAAUUGGUCCUAGAGUUAAAAUCUAAGAUGACAAGUUCGGGAAUGCCCUGGCCAGGUGAUGAAGGUGAAGAGCGAUGGGAGCAAGCAUGGAUGGCCAUAAAGAAGGUGUGGGCUUCAAAGUGGAAUGAGAGAGCUUACUUCAGCACGAGAAAGGUGAAAUUAGAUCACGACUACCUCUGCAUGGCCGUCCUUGUUCAGGAAAUCAUUAAUGCUGACUAUGCAUUUGUUAUCCAUACAACCAAUCCAUCUUCUGGAGACUCGUCUGAGAUUUAUACAGAGGUUGUGAAAGGACUUGGAGAAACUCUAGUAGGAGCGUAUCCAGGACGUGCUUUGAGCUUUAUAUGCAAGAAAAAUGAUUUAGAUACUCCCAAGGUGUUGGGUUACCCAAGCAAGCCCAUCGGUCUGUUCAUCAGACGAUCCAUUAUUUUCCGAUCCGAUUCCAAUGGUGAGGACCUGGAAGGAUAUGCCGGAGCCGGGCUCUACGACAGUGUACCGAUGGAUGAAGAAGAGAAGGUUGUUCUAGAUUACACAACGGAUCCACUCAUUGUGGACGACAACUUUAGAAAGUCGAUUCUCUCUAGCAUUGCUCGUGCAGGAAAUGCAAUUGAGGAACUUUAUGGAUCUCCUCAAGAUAUUGAAGGUGUGAUUAGAGAUGGGAAAGUAUAUGUCGUCCAAACAAGACCCCAAAUGUAAUCUUCUUUCUCUCUUUCUCUAUUUAUAUGAAUUUUCCUAUGAGGAAAAUGUCUGACUGAUUAAAGUCGUAUACUGGAACAAAGGCAAUAAAAAAAGGUAAUAGUUGUUGGUUAAAGUUGACAGUAAUAAAGAGUAAAAGUGAUACCUUAUUACAUUACAAUU